AUGGCGUCGCCCCCUUGGUACCGAAUCCCGGGCUCUCAUAAGACUGGGAGAACAGCGAAACUCACCAUUUCACUCCUCUUCCUACCAUUGGACACUUUCAUCUUCUUUGUCGCGGCUUUCCUCAACCAUUUUCACUUUUUCCACCAUCAGCAGAGACAUAAUCGACAACUUCUCUUACAAAACCCGCGCUUCUACCCCAAGACAAUUCUCAUCACCGGCAUCAAUACACCACACGGCCUCAAACUAGCACGCCAAUUCCACUACGGCGGUCAUCGAGUCAUUGGCACCGAUGUGGGAUUAUCAUACUUUCGAUCUGGUGGCAGCAUGUCUAAUACAAUUUUCGCCUAUUACUCCCUAUCCGGUAGUAAAUCUCAAUAUGUUUCCAACUUGACUGACAUUAUUCACCGGGAGAAAGUCGACUUGUGGAUUCCAUAUUCCAGCGACAUUACUCCUGUUGAGGAUGCAAUGGCCAAAGGUACGAUUGAAAGUCGGACGAGUUGCAAAUGUCUUCAUCUGAACGUUGACUAUGCGACUCUCUUCGGUCAACAUGAUGCCUUUCUACAGCAUGCGGAAGAGAGAGGGUUGCCUGUUGUUGAGAAACACACUGUUCACUCUCGUGAUUCGGUCCAUCGUAUCUUGAACCGUUCACCGAAUAAAGCCUACCUCAUUCACAAAAUGUCCAAGGGUUCUCUGCGGGACGCCGUUGCCCUACCUAAAAGUACACCUAGCCACACAUAUGCGCAGGUCAGCAUUAUUGCUAUUUCAAAAGACAACCCCUGGGUCCUCAAACAGCGCGCUCGACAAGGCAAUUACUGGGCAGAUCUCGUCCUCGUCCGAGGGCGUGUCAAAGCCAUCAAAAUUCGUUCUUCGCGUCCUCAAAAAGACUCAAGGAUAGAACCCGGAUUAUACGAGAUCAUUAGACGUCUAAUGGACAAUUUUGCGGAAAAGGCGGGACCUCAGAUCAGUGGACAUUUAUCAAUAAAAGUCAUGGUUGAUGAAGAGUUCGCUCCCAAUUCGGUAUGCUAUACGGUAUAUAUUGGUGGCUGCCGGCAAGGAAGCAGUGCCGUUUCGGCUUUGCUGGAUGAUCCUCCGUCGAAUUUGUACACCUCCUACCUGGAAAUGUUAUCUCCAGAAGCCAACGAAAGCGUUGACUCCAGCAUUGAGCCACAAGCAUAUAACAAGUCUGGACGCCCUCAGAAAGAGUCCAAUUACUCGGCUGCCUUGAAUCGCAUACAUAUUCCCAUCUCGCCGGUGGUAUAUGCGGCUGGGAGGCUCUGGGAGCAGACGCAGCAGCUCCAACAUUCAGCCUUGAGUUAUGUCCCUUUUGGUCAUCGACUACAAAAGUAUACACCGUUGGAGGGUAGUGGAUUCUCUGUAUUUGAUCCACUUCCCUGGUGGUGGCAUUAUCAUGUCAGUCAGCCGGUGAACUGUAUGCUGUCAUUGUUCGACAGUGAUGUCGAGACUCAGUGAAGCCUGCAAAUGUAUCCUUCAAUGAGUCAGGCCGCCUAAUGAGAUACGACUUAUGAAGCGACGUACAUAGAGAAUAAAAUAAUGAAAGUAAGUAUGCGAACGUGGCUAUAAG